UGCUAACCAUCUCCCUAUCGUCCCCGCAGACUCGACUUAGACGGCGACCGUGUUCACGUCGAGUGGUAAGUCAUGGUCGACCACAGCAAGGAAGAAAAGGCGGCACCUGCGCCUGCUCCCUGCAUCUCAGAACUAGCCCACCCUCCUUUACCGCGCGAUCUCUCGUUUUACAUCGUGCUCUGCCUCACCGUUGUGCCUAUCUGGAGCGUUGCGCCCCUGUCCUGGUUGUUCGUCGUCCACGCUUUCUGGACCGGUGCGGCACAUUCAUAUACAUGGCUUGGUACCCUUUGCUUAGCCUUUGCCAGUCUCGAAGUUGUCUUCUCUAUACACCACUUUUUCCUCGCUCGCCACGUCGAUGGACCUUCGACUAUCGGCUCUGGCAAUCUAGGCGAACUGCAGAAAGCAUUCGGUCGAGUCCUUCAAAGCGGACUGGCCAGUGACAUAUUUGGUGAUACGGACGAGGAAACGCUGGAUGUAAGCAGACCUUGUAGUCCGGAGGAGGCCAUUGUCCAACUCGAAGCUCAUGACCCUCGAGCUAUCGACUUCCGUAAUUAUCUUCGAACAUGGUUCCGUCAAAUCCCUUGGUCUCAUAUCCACAAGUCCGACGUCGAUGCAUGGCUUUACUGGGCCAUCUUCAACAGCAAUAUGCCGGAACCCCACGCCCUCCCAGAAUCGCACCGCAAUGUCCUCCAAGAAGCCCUCAAGAUGGUUGAAAAGCGCGCCGGCAAGACCUUCCCUGAAGGAUCCAACCCGCACGGUCGCCCUCUCCUCCUCAACAUCGACCCCGUCAACGUCCACCAGCGUCCGUUCAUUUGGUAUGCCUUUGUCACGCUCGCUAACGUCAUCCUCAAACGGUACUUCAUGCACCGCUGGAACAUGCGUUUCGGUUCCAAGGAUGGUCUCGAUUAUCUCCUUCGCAUCCCUGCAGGAUGGAACUCGAAGACCGGGCCGAGACCUAUCGUGUUCUUGCAUGGCCUGGGACUCGGACUCCUGCAGUACAAGAUGAUUCUGUCCCGCAUCCUACAUAAUUUCCCCGACCGUCCGUUGCUCGUCCCGCUCCAACCACACAUCAGUCAGCAAUUCUGGCAUCCGAAUUUCCUUCGGCCUAUGAACCGGAGAGAGACGUCGCAGGUCAUGCAUGCACUUUUACGUGAUCUCGGUUGGGCCGCGGAAGAGCGCCAGGUGACGAGUGAUAGCGAGGAUGAGAAGUCAGCCUUGGAGAAUGAGAAGAGGAUGAUGGAGGAGAGGAAGGGUGUGACGAUGGUCAGCCAUUCGAAUGGGUCGUAUGCCCAUGCGUGGUUCCUCAAGGCUUUCCCGAAUAGCGUUACGCGUUCGUGUUUCGUUGAUCCUGUCACGUUCUGUGGCUGGGAAGGACACGUAUGCUAUAACUUCCUCUACAGACCAGCGACAACGGGUAUGCAUCUCGUCAUGCGGUACUUUGUCGGCAGCGAGUUAGGAGUCGCCAACGCCCUCCAACGCCACUUCGACUGGUCUUCAAACUCUCUCUGGUACGAAGAGAUCCCCAACGCGAGAGAUCCAUCCCGGGCGACGUUCUUCCUGGGCGGUAAAGAUUCCAUCAUCAACGCCGAGCGCGUCCGUAAAUACCUCACGGAGCACGGCGUCCGUAAAGGCCUGUUCUUCGACCCGGAAGGAAGACAUGGCCAGGCGCUCCUCGCGGGUGGCGAAGGCUACAAACGGUUCAUGUCUUGGCUGGCCGAACCCGCUGCGGAUCCCUCACCAUCGCCGUCCUCGCAGUAAAACAUCUUCUAUUCUAUUCUAUACAUUUCUUCCUACGUCCCACUUUGGUCCAUCCCGACCACCAUCCAUCGUCCACUGCCAACUUUACAUUAUCGUCAUACGCAAACGCGCAUAGGAUUCUUCUUUAUUCAUCUUUUGCACUUUUUUUUAGAUAGAAACUGCAUUAUACCCCCACACG